GAUUUUUUUUUCGAUUAUCCUUUUUGUUAUACGAAUAAUUAUUACCAAAGAAGCUAUUAGAAGAAGUACAAUAAACUAUCAAUUUAUAUCACAGUUCACCAAUCUAAUAUAAAUGUCACAGUCAACAACAAUUGCCGACUUAACACAAUUAUCUCGAGAACCUUCUUCAGAUGAAAUUGCUGAAAUAUUGCGACAAAGAUAUCUUAAUGGUUUUAUCUAUACAAAUAUAGGUCCAUCAGUUUUAAUUGUAUUAAACUCGUUCGAUACAAACAAUAAAGAUAAACAAGCCAAUGAUAAAGCAAAUUAUAUUACAGAAUAUAAGGAUACAUCAAGUGCAAAAACAAACCAAUGGAGAGAACCUCAUUUAUAUCAACUCAUAAACCACGCUUAUUUAAUCAUGAGAAGAACUAAUAUGAAUCAGUAUAUAUUAUUUAGUGGUGAAAGUGGAAGUGGAAAAUCUGAACAAUUCAAGCAGUCAAUAGAUUAUUUAAUUUCACUUAGUACACAUCGAAAAACGACCCGUACACAGUCAAAUAUAGUACAUGCUCAAACAAUUAUUCAUGCAUUUAGCCAUGCUAAAACAAAUCAACAUGACAAUGCUUCACGAUGUGCGCUUUUUUCAGAAAUUCAUUUUUCCGAAAGAGGCAGACUGAUAGGUGCUAGAUUUUUACCUUAUGCUUUAGAGAAAUCAAGAGUUACAGAGGCUGGGCAAAACGAACGUAGCUUUCAUGUGUUUUACAAUUUAUUAUCAGCAGCAACUUCUGAAGAGAAAAGUGUACUACGUUUAUCUGACUGGUCAACCUUUCAGUAUCUUUCUAGAACAAAUACUUCAAAAGCAUCAUCACUGGAUGAUCUUUCAAGUGAUAUUGAGCUACGAAAUGCAUUAAAAUCAAUCUUACCUCAAAAAUAUAGAGUAAGUCAAAUAUUCCAAGUCCUAGCAGCUAUUUUACAUUUAGGCAAUAUUCAUUUUAUACAAGAUUCUCAAAAUGCUCAAGAUGCUGCUACAGUUAAAAAUAUUGACUCUUUAACAAUAACUGCUGAUCUACUUGGUGUUGACCCUAAUUCACUGUUAAGCACGUUGACAUUUAAAAGUAAGCUAAUAAAGAGAGAUAUCACAACUCUAUUUUUAGAUGCAAAACAAUCCAGUAAACACAGGGAUGAUCUUGCACAAUCUUUAUAUUCUUUGUUGUUCACAUGGCUAGUAGAGCAGAUCAACAAUCGACUAGCACCUAAAAACAGCCAUAGAUUAAUUGGUUUGCUUGAUAUACCUGGUUGGGUUUACUCGAAACAAAAUGGGAGUGAAUUUGAUCAGCUUGCUUUUCAUUUUAUUCAAGAGACAGUCCACCAAUUGAUGUAUGCGCAUAUUUUUGAACAUGAUCGACAAGAAUAUGCAGAGCAAGGAAUGACUUCAAACCUCAUUGAAAACACACCUGCAAGCACAGCCAUCGUUGAUCUUUUUAUGCAUCCAUCUAAAGGUCUGUGGUCCAUUAUGAAUACACAAGCCUCCGGGCAGCAGCAGCAGCAACGCUAUACUGAUGAUGAAACCUUAAUGGAUAAUUAUGCAAGAGCUAAUAAGAGUGCUAUAAAAGAUCAAAUCCUGAGUUUUAAAAAAGCUGAUAAUAAUUCCAAGUUAUUUACAAUUCAACACUUUUGGGGUUCAGCAACUUAUGAUCCUCAAUAUUUUACUGAGCGUAAUCAAGACUAUCUUAGUAACGACUUCAUUACUUUGUUCGCGGGGAAUGCAUAUAAUCCACCUACUACAAAUAGCCUUAUAUCCUGUUUAUUUAAUUCAAAAAUUUUAGGUCAGGAUGAUAGCACUCAAAAUAGGGUCUUUUCUCAGCAGCAAGGUAUUCGUCCUCUGCGUUCACCCACCGUAGGGCCUUCUUCAAAUUUGUCUAUAGCUCGUUAUCGAAAGUCAAUCGAUGUAAGUCAAAUACUAUCAACGUCAUUGCAAUCAGAUGUUUCAAGUGUUGCUGAUCUUUUAGUAACUGGUAUUAAUGACUUAUCAAAAGCACUUUCUUCUUCACUCUUGUGGUCUGUGUUAUGCAUUCGUCCUAAUGAUUUAUCCCUCCCUAGGUCGUGUGAUAUUAAAAAAAUAGCUGUUCAGCAAAGACAUUUUAAGUUUUCUGAAUUAAUCAGACAUAUAAAAAAAGGCUAUUACAUUGCUGUCUUUACAUUUGAAGAGUUUUGGAACAGAUAUUAUGCUUCCAUUCCUAAUACAGUGAAUACCAUAGUAGAUUCUAGUUUAGGGUUACGAGAUAAAUGUAUAUAUGUAGCUCAAUCUAUGAACUGGGGUGACGAUAUUAUGACUAUUGGAAAAACAAAGGUAUUUUUAUCGAAUCAUGCAUUUCGAAUUCUAGAAGAUGAUUUGAGAAGCUUAGAAAAAUCAGAAACAAAAAAAGUAAAAAAUUCUUUAAUGGAUUCUGGCAUACAUGGACAAAAGUCUUUUGACCUUUGUUCUUAUAAUGAUGAUCUUAUUUCCUCUGCAAUAUCUGAGGACGACUAUACGAAUGAAUCUGCUAUAUACGAUCUGAAUGGCUCAAAUGUAUUUUCGGGCGCCGGGAAUGAAAAUAGACAAACUAUGUUAAUGUCGCCAGACAAAUUUUCGUCUGAUUAUUAUCAAACUGCAGGUUUGAAUGGACCCAACUUUAAAGGUGAGAAAUCGAAAGAUAUAGGAGAUGAGGCCAAUGAACCUAUGUCGAAUAUUAGAUGUAAAUGGAUUAUAUUUGUAUGGCUUUUAACCUGGUGGGCUCCCUCACCUUUCUUAAAUUAUUGUGGUGGUAUGAAACGACGUGAUGUUCGCUUGGCAUGGAGAGAAAAAGUAGUUCUUUGUAUGCUUAUUUUCUUCUUAUCCUCUGUUAUGGUCGUUUUCAUUAUCUUUUUCGGUCCCUUAAUCUGUCCUCAUCAAGAUGUUUAUUCUCUAUCUGAACUUCAAUCUCGGUCAACCAAAAAGAGUGCUCUUGUCACUAUUCGUGGCGAGGUCUUUGAUUUAACCAAGUUUGCACCUCACCACUGGGCCUCUGAAGUAAUACCUGACAAUGCUAUUUAUGAUUAUGCUGGUAAGGAUGCGACAAACCUUUUCCCUGUUCAGGUCUCUUCUCUUUGUGAUGGCGUAACGGGUAGGAUCCCUGAAGAACUCGUGCUUGAUUUUCAAUAUAACCUGACAGACAAGAAUGCUGCAUAUCACGAUUUUAGAUUUUUUACUGAUGAUUACCGACCUGAUUGGUACUUUGAGCAAAUGGUCUUUCUGCGUAGGAAUUACAGAAUAGGUUUUAUGGGCUAUGAGCCCUCCGAUAUUAUUCGUCAAGCUACAAAUGUCGUAAAUGUGGGAGAUAUCAGUACACAUCGUAGUUGGGCUGUACUUCAUGGUGACGUAUAUGAUAUGACUUAUUAUCUAUUAGGAGGUCGUACUCCACGUGCACCAGUAGGUAUAGCACCACCUGAAAAUUUGGACUUGAACUUUAUGGAAAACAGUAUUGUUCAAUUAUUUCGUCAAUUAGCUGGAACUGAUAUUUCAAAGCAUUUUGAUGCGCUACCUAUAUCUCCAGAAUUAAGAAUGAGGCAAUUGGUUUGUUUACGUAACCUAUUCUUUGUUGGAAAAGUAGAUACAAGAAGAUCACUUCAAUGUUUAUUCUCUGAAUACUUUUUAUUAAUUGUAACAGGGUUUUUAUGUGCCGUUAUUCUUUUUAAAUUCUUAGCUGCGUUACAGUUGGGAUCAUUUCGCGAACCAGAAGAUUAUGAUAAAUUUAUUGUAUGCCAAGUUCCAUGCUAUACUGAAAGUGAAGAAUCCCUUCGUAAAACAAUUGAUUCUAUUGCUGUUUUACGCUAUGAUGAUAAACGCAAGCUACUUUUCCUUGUAUGUGAUGGCAUGAUUAUUGGUAGCGGUAAUGAUAGGCCUACGCCUCGUAUUGUACUUGAUAUCCUUGGAGUUGAUCCCAACGUAGAUCCUGAGCCUUUAUCAUUUUUAUCACUUGGUGAAAGCAUCAAGCAACAUAAUCAAGCCAAGAUAUACUCGGGUUUAUAUGAAUGUUCUGGACAUGUUGUUCCAUAUGUUGUCGUGGUCAAAGUAGGCGCUCCAAACGAGCGAGUAAAACCUGGAAACAGAGGGAAGCGCGACUCACAAAUGGUAUUGAUGAGAUUUUUAAAUAAAGUUCAUUUUGAAGCUCCCAUGACGCCUAUGGAACUAGAAAUAUAUCAUCAGAUUAAAAAUGUGAUUGGCGUCAAUCCUGGUUUCUAUGAGUUUAUACUUAUGGUAGAUGCUGAUACUGAAGUGUUACCCGAUUCUCUUAACCGUAUGGUAUCCUGUUUUGUACAUGAUUCGAAGGUAGUAGGUCUAUGUGGCGAAACACGACUUGCAAAUGAAAAGGAUAGUUGGGUCACUGGCUGCUUUUGCAUGUACCGUAUUCGUUCACCUGGAGUGAAGAACCAACCACUUCUAGUUAGUAAUCAGGUUAUUGAUGAUUAUGCAGAGAAUAGGGUUAAUACCUUACAUCAAAAAAACUUGCUUCAUCUUGGUGAAGACCGAUAUUUAACUACUUUAAUUCUGAAGCAUUUUCCUACUUAUAAAACAAAAUUUACAGCAGAUGCUGGGUGUUUAACGAAUGCACCCGAUCGAUGGAGUGUAUUACUCUCUCAAAGACGUCGUUGGAUCAAUUCAACUAUUCAUAAUUUAGGUGAAUUAGUUUUUUUACCUCAACUUUGUGGUUUCUGCUGUUUCUCUAUGCGAUUCGUCGUCAUACUUGACCUUCUUAGUACACUUGUUAUGCCUGCUGUGGUUUGCUAUUUAGGAUUCCUUAUAUAUAGAUUAAUUACAAAUGCAGAUCAAGUUCCAUUUAUUUCUAUCAUUACUUUAUGUGGUGUUUACGGUUUACAAGCCAUUAUUUUUAUUGUUCGUAGAAAGUGGGAGCAUAUAGGCUGGAUGAUUGUUUAUAUCUUGGCUAUUCCAAUAUUUUCAUUUUUUAUACCCAUUUACGCAUUUUGGCACUUUGAUGAUUUCUCUUGGGGAAAUACACGAGUUGUAUUAGGAGAUGAUGGACAAAAGAAAGUGUUAACAGUGGAGGAAGGUAAAUUUGAUCCAAAGUCAAUUCCCUUGAAAAAAUGGAAUGAGCACGAGAAUGAAAUUUGGGAGACAGGAUCAGUCGAGACCAAAGGUACAGCAAUUACAGCUUCAACAACGCAUCGCACAGCUGCUGGUGUUCCAACUUUAGGCUCCUAUACUUCCGUAAAUAGUAAUUUUCUCACUCCUCCUCCUCCUCCUCCUGCUCUCAGUUAUCCUGCAAGUAUGAGUCAUCUUCCAAUGACAUCGUCUGCAAGCUUUAUUGGUGGUAAUAAUCAAUUAUAUAACGGUGAUAAUUUAAGCUUUAGAUAUUCUCAUCAAAAUUUAUCAGGACCAGCAUCAUCCGUUAUGUUAAAUUCAAAUCCAAUGUUAAACUUGGGACCACCACAGCAUAUGCAUAUGCUUUCCUCAACUUCAGUCUAUAGUGGUGAAGGUAGCGUGCAUGGUGAUGAUAUAGCCCUUCAUCAGCAGGGAUAUAGUCCUAUAAUUUCAAACACUAUGAUGAUGGAUAAUAAUAGUAGCUUUCAUCCAACAGACGAAGAAAUACGUCGAGCAGUACAGUAUAUAACUGCUACAGCAGAUUUAACAACAGUGACUAAAAAGCAAGUCAGAGAACAACUUAGUAGACAUUUUGGGGUUAACAUGAUGUAUAAAAAAGAUUUCAUAAACGUUUGUAUUGAAGAGACACUUAACUAUUAGAAUAUUUUGUUAAUGUAUACAUCAGCUAUAAAUAGAUAUAUUUAGAUAUACAUAAAUAGCUUAUAAAAUAUAUUUUUAUAUUUAUAAAUACUUG